UGGUACGAUUUUGUACGAACAUUUUUAUUUUUGUUAUUUUAUUGCUUUAUGACUGUUUUACACCUGGAUAAAAGCACAAAUACUCAAGAUGUGGAUGAAAGCAGUAAUUACGAUGCACAAACGGACCUGGGUACUACCGCUAAUAUGGAUUUGGUCAAACAAGAAGAAGCAGUUAAGCCGAGACCGAUUACCAUAGCAGAAAGCAAAGAUCUAGUUUGUAUCGAUAUAGAAAAUAGUAUAGAGCCUCCUACAGAAAAAAAUGAAGACGGAGAAUCUGGAAAAUUUAACGAUGUAACCGUAUUUAAACUCAACAUAAUAAACCAAAGACCUGCGAAUAGAAAAUAUACAGUGAUGGGCAUGUAUAAUUAUGUUUUCGGGGCGAGACCACCUGAUCAAAAUCAACCGAGGCUAUCAAGGCAGUUGUGGCGUCAGGAAGCUCCCCCUCCUCAACCACAGCACACGGUAUGGACUCAGUACGGGCCUUACCCAGGUCAUCCUCCACCGUAUCCUGGCUAUGGAGGAGAUGGUGGCUAUCAGGGAGCAUACGGCUAUGAUGGGGGAGGACCACUUUUGUAUGAUCCUCUUGCAAGAAACUCCUUCGUGCAGCUCGUCAUGUUCAUAGUACUUGUGAUGUUGCUUUCUACUUCUGCUGUUUUGGUUGUCGUUCUUACAGUGCCUGAAGUGAAAGAUUUUUUUCGGACCUCCGGAUGGCUUUUAAUGUUUCUAGCUGCAAUGCUCCUAAUUACAGUUAAUUGUACUAUGAUAUGUACUCCGUGCGCCAGGCGUCCACCGUGCAACAUUAUUUGUCUUAUGUUUACAACCAUAGCGAUGAGCAUAAUUGCUGCAAAAGUAACAUCUCACUACAAAACCGAUGUCAUACUAUAUGCAUUUAUUGCUACAUCGGCAGUGACGUUUAUAUGUGUUGUUCUUGCGUAUUCUAAUUUUGAUUUCACGAGCUACGUGUUAUACAUUAUUGGUAUAUCUCUUGGCUUUACUAUCGUCGUCUGUAUUGUUUCGAUAGCAUUUGUGGCAACGGGAACAUUGAUGAAGCCGGUGAUUAUAGUUUUACUUGCUGUAGGAACUUUGAUACAAAUAGUGAUGCUAAUAAUGGAACUCCAAAUGAUACUGGGAGGAAAAACAUUAGAAUUGAGCGAAAACGAUUACGCUAUAGCAGCAUUCCUAAUAUACACAUCUAUAUUAGAUAUAUUCCUCAAACUUGUACAAAUAAUAGGAUUUUGCCAAAACUAA